AAACCUGAGUUCUGCCAUCACGAGCAUUUUGCUUUUGUAGGACGUGAGCUAUCUUGAGGCCGCAGCGUGUCUGUGGUGGGCGGUGUGAUUGGAAGCUGAGGUCGGGCGGGCCAGAGAGCAGCGUGGUUCAUUCUGAGUGACGGUGAUCUGAAAAGUUUCUGACUUCUUGGACAUACUGCCAACAUGUCUGGAGAUGAUGAUGCUCAGGAACAGACCAUCGCUGAUGACUUGGUGGUCACCAAGUACAAGAUGGGAGCCGAAAUUGCAAAUCAGGCGUUGAAGACAAUAGUUGGGGCAGCUGCAGCUGGAGUGUCUGUGCUCAGCCUUUGUGAAAAAGGCGAUGCCUUCAUCAUGGCAGAAACUGGUAAAAUUUUCAAGAAGGAGAAAGACAUGAAGAAAGGUAUCGCUUUUCCCACUUGUGUGUCAAUUAACAACUGUGUUUGCCAUCACUCCCCUCUGAAAAGUGACACUGAUGUCAUAUUAAAGGACGGGGACCUUGUCAAGAUUGAUCUUGGCGUACAUGUUGAUGGAUUCAUUUCAAAUGUGGCUCACAGCUUUGUUGUGGGAGUAACCAAGGACGCUCCUGUGACAGGGCGGAAAGCUGACGUUAUCAAAGCAGCUCACCUGUGUGCUGAAGCUGCUCUGCGUCUCGUUAAGCCAGGAAACCAGAACACACAGGUCACAGAAGCCUGGAAUAAGAUUGCAAAGUCCUUCAAAUGCUCCCCUAUAGAAGGCAUGCUGUCCCACCAGCUCAAACAGCAUGUCAUUGAUGGGGCGAAAACGGUCAUCCAAAAUCCAACAGACCAGCAAAGAAAGGACCAUGAGAAGGCUGAAUUUGAAGUGCAUGAGGUGUAUGCAGUGGAUGUGCUUAUCAGCACUGGAGAAGGAAAGGCAAAGGAUGGAGGUCAGAGGACCACAAUAUACAAACGAGACCCUAACAAGGUGUAUGGGUUGAAGAUGAAAGCAUCGCGAGCAUUUUUCAGUGAAGUCGAGAGACGCUUCGAUACAAUGCCUUUCACUCUGAGAGCAUUUGAAGAUGAGGGCAAGGCCAGGCUGGGAGUGGUGGAGUGUGCCAAACAUGAGCUGCUGCAGCUGUUCAAUGUGCUACAUGAGAAAGAGGGUGAAUUUGUUGCUCAGUUCAAGUUCACUGUGCUGCUCAUGGCCAAUGGACCUCUGCGAAUCACAAACAGCCUUUUUGAGCCCGAACUCUAUCAGUCUGAACAUGAAGUGGAUGACCCGGAACUGAAGGCUUUGCUGCAGAGCUCAGUAAGCCGCAAGGCACAGAAAAAAAAGAAAAAGAAGGCCACAAAGACUGUUGAGAGUGCAACAGGACAGCCAGUGGAGACUGAAACUGCAGAAUAAAUCCAUCAGGCUCACCUUUCUGUCUUCAAGAAUAUCUGACAGGCAUCUGAUGACCCAAAGAACAGACGUCAAGCAUCCUUCUGUCCCUGCUGUCUGAGGCACUUGCAGACGUAGCCGUUGUGAAUACCUCCGAGUCUAACUGAUGUCAGUGUGGGAUGAUGCCGCUCCUAAAAUCUGUCACUCUACCUAAAAUACACUGUAUGUCCUUAGUAUAUCUCACUCCCCAUGAGGCCAGGGUUUCCCCCUUUUACAGUUCCACUUUGAGAGAGGAUCAUUUGUGCGAGGGGAUACGUUUGACUGGCCUCCCCCUUUUUUCCCCCAAAGUAGCAGACAGGGAGAACAGUGUGCACAGUUGUGCCAUUGUAACAUCAGUUGAAUCCGUUGAAAUAAGUGAAUUUUAACUGUUUUUUUUUUUUCCUUUUUGUUUUUUUGUUUGUUUUUUUUUAAUCAUGGUAUCACAUGGCAUAAUCAUACAUUACAAUCAUAACUAUUGACUUCAGCUAAAUUCAUACUUGUCUCAAGUGAGUUUGCUCGGACAUUGUGUACACUGCUAGGACUCCAGGUGACCCAACUAACAUUUUCUAACACUGAUGACUGAAGGCUUUCAGGUUGAGUAACAUAACGUGUGAACUCGUUAUUCUGUUUGCGGCUACUAGAACUCCUGCCAUGGGAUCAGCGUUCAGUCCUCUGGUGUCACUGCUGAGUGUGACAGUCUGUGUUUACAUAAGAGUUCCAUAAAUGUUAAAUAUAUGGAUGCUUUUGUAAAACAAAUCCCAUUUUCAGAGACUAUUUUUGGAAACAUUAAAAGCCUCCUGACAUCA